UUGAAAGCUGAUUUAUUGCAAUUCAAAGUCUACGAAGUGCCUCCCAGACGUAGUUUGCAUGCAUCCUGCGUACGGUUUUUGUUGUCUGAUAAAAGUAAACUGGAGGAGACACUGAAACUGCUGAAAGAGCAGGCAAAACUGGAGGAAAAAGAAGGCCUGGCACGAAAACAGUUACUGGAAAAGGCAAAGCAGCAAGUCGCGCUGGAACCCGUUUAUAUCCGGUGGCCACGGGCAAUUAAAGCUGGCGCUUUACAUUAUUACCACGGUUUUCGACUUCUCUUUUUGGAAAUGUGGUUGAGUGCCAAAUAUUUGUGGCGUUUUCUGCGACGAAAGCCGUUAAUGCGUCGCGAGAAGCAGCAGCUUAUUCGGACACUCUCCGAUGUUCUGCGGCUAAUUCCAUUUUCUGCCUUUAUUAUCAUUCCGUUUAUGGAGUUUACGUUGCCGUUGUUUUUGAAACUCUUUCCGAAUAUGCUGCCGAGCACAUUCAAGGAUGCCACCAAAGAGGAGGAGAAAUUACGUAGAAAAUUGAAAGCCAAACUGGAAACAGCGAAACUUCUCCAAGCUGCUAUGGAAGAAAUGGCUCUGUACAGAAAGAAAAAUGCGAAAGAUGAUGACAAAACGGCAAGCGUUGCCGUGGAGUUCGCUGAAUUUAUCAAAAAGGUCCGAUCAGAGGGCAGUUACGUGACCAAUAAAGAUUUGCUGAAAUAUAUCAAGCUGUUUGAAGAUGAAUUGACGCUGGAUAAUCUGCCGGCCAAUGCACUUCGAGCGCUGUGCCACUUGCUGAAUAUUCAGCCAUUUGGAUCACUGGAAAUUAUUCGUUUCCAGUUAUCAUUAAAAUUGAGGGCUCUAAAAGCAGACGAUCAGGUGAAGCAGUGCUAA